AUGGGUGCCCAAGAAGUCCUCAGCCGCAAGUCCGGUGUCAUCGUUGGUGAUGAUGUCCUCCGUCUCUUCGAGUACGCUCGCGAGCACAAGUUCGCUAUCCCCGCCAUUAAUGUCACCUCAUCUUCCACCGUUGUCGCUGCCCUUGAGGCUGCCCGCGAUGCUAAGGCUCCCGUGAUCCUUCAGUUCUCUCAGGGUGGUGCCGCCUACUUCGCUGGCAAGGGCGUCAGUAACGGCGACCAGACUGCUUCCAUUGCCGGCUCUAUCGCCGCUGCCCACUACGUCCGCUCUCUUGCUCCCACAUACGGCAUCCCCGUUGUCCUUCACACCGACCACUGCGCCAAGAAGCUCCUCCCUUGGCUCGAUGGUAUGCUCGACGCUGACGAGGCUUACUUCAAGGAGAAGGGUGAGCCGCUCUUCUCCUCUCACAUGAUUGAUCUUUCCGAGGAGCCCGUUGAGUGGAACAUUGAGACCACUGCCAAGUACCUCAAGCGCGCUGCCCCCAUGAAGCAGUGGCUCGAGAUGGAGAUUGGUAUCACUGGUGGUGAGGAGGACGGUGUCAACAACGAGGAUGUUGACAACAACUCUCUCUACACCCAGCCCGAGGACAUCCUCAACAUCUACAACACCCUCUCUCCCAUCUCCCCCUACUUCUCCAUUGCCGCUGGCUUCGGAAACGUCCAUGGUGUUUACAAGCCUGGCAACGUCAAGCUUCACCCCGAGCUUCUCGGCAAGCAUCAGGCCCAUGUCAAGGAGGCUCUCAAGUCCGACAACGACAAGCCUGUCUUCUUUGUUUUCCACGGUGGCUCCGGCUCCUCCAAGAAGGAGUACCUUGACGCCAUCGGCUACGGUGUUGUCAAGGUUAACGUCGACACUGACAUGCAGUUCGCUUACUGUUCUGGUAUCCGGGACUACAUGGUCAACAAGCGUGAGUACGUUAACACCACCGUCGGUAACCCCGAUGGCGAGGACAAGCCUAACAAGAAGUACUUCGACCCCCGUGUCUGGGUCCGCGAGGGUGAGAAGACCAUGUCUAAGCGUGUUGCUGAGGCUCUCGAGGACUUCAACACCGCCAACCAGCUAUAA